CGUCUGUGUGCGUUUAGAUGACAACAUGCAUCCAGACUCCUGCACUGAGUUCGACUCAUCAUCCAGCUGUAGCACAGCAUCGCCUGGCGGGGACACCCCUGGGUGCAGCCAGCAUACUUCUGACUCGCUUUCAUCAUCACUGGACGGCGCCAAGGUAGAAGCGGAGCUCAUCAUCUCAACAUCCUAGUUAUCGUCACUGACCGAAAUCUGCAGGACGAUAGACGUAAACCAGGAACAUAAAUUGCAUUCUUUAAAUUCCUCACAAAUCCAAGAGAAUUCCAUAGACAGUGGGUUAUCUCACAGGGGCUGUUGAGACCAGUGCAGCCGACUCCUUUGUUCCGACUGUGACUGCAAUCUCAACCUCGCCUGAUCUGAGGUGGAUGGUGCAGCCGACAGUGAUCACGUCCGUGUCCCCGUCGUCCGGCCGUGCCAAGACCCGAGCUCGCGGCGCGAACCAGUCGUCUUCCCCAGCAGGUGCAAACAAGGCGAAGUCCUCCAACAGGAAAGGGCAGCGAGACCAGGCUUCCAAGGAGGAGGACGAAAGGAGGAGGAUCAGGAGGGAGAGAAACAAAAUUGCUGCGGCGAAGUGUCGUAACAGAAGAAAGGAGCUGAUUGACACUCUUCAAGCUGAAACUGACAAGCUUGAGGAGGAGAAGUCUGCCCUCCAGACGGAGAUAACCGACCUUCUGAAGGAGAAGGAGAGACUGGAGCAGGUGUUAGUCUCCCAUCAACCAUCCUGCAAACUGCCUGCCGGUGAUGGUGAUGGUGAUGGGGAGGAGGGUAAUGAAAACGAUGUUAGCACAAUGCUGCAGGAGCCUCCAGCCUCACCACAGCUGCUGUCCAUCAUGGAGAAUGGAAAAACCCCAGAGAGCAACAUGACAAUUGGAGAAGCCCCUAGUGGUCAAGACAUAGACAAUGUCCCUUGCAUUCCUGCUGCAGCCAUCUUGGGGAACUCCAACAUUCUCCUGUGCUCAAGCGCCGAAGAGGAGGUCCUCGAGGACCUGAAAGGAGACGACCUGGACGACCUGGUGCCCAGCCUGGAGAUGGCCGAGGCCUCUGAGAUGCCUGCAUCCGUCCCUGACAUAGACCUGAGCAGCCCCUUUUGCCUCUCAGACUGGGAAACCCUGUACAAGUCUGUGGCGAAUGACCUUGAAUCUUUGAGCACACCGGACAUGUCUUCCAGUCCUGCUUGUAGCAAUUACCGCACAGUGUUUUCCUUUAAUUACUCAGAGAUUGAUUCCUUAGCUGAGGGCUGCGAGAGCCUUAAAGGCAACCUCGGCUCAUCCGAGUUGAUGAAGGAUAGUCUUAACUCUCCAACACUUCUGGCCUUGUGAAUGCAAAUAGGUUAUGCAACAAUACUGUAAUUGUAUUCUAACCAGCCAGCAAGCUAUGAUAUAACAUACUUUUUGUAGUGUAAGUUCUGAUGUGGUGUAAACCUUAACAUCAAAGGUUGUAUAGGCAACUUGUUUUCUGUGACUGUAACAGAGUUGACUUCUUCCAUGCUGCUGGUGCAUUUUGCCUUUGUGCUGGUAUCAACAAUGCAUGCAAAUACAAGUCAUUCAUAAUCUAAGAAGAGAUGGUAUGCUGUGUUUUUAAAGCCCCUACAUGUGAUGUGAACUUAGCUCCUGCUCAGUAAACUAAUAUACUGUAUGUGUAAUACUGUUGACAGAGUUGUGUUGUGACAAGUGAAAAUAGAAGCGUUACUAAUGUUUAGUAUAGCUGUAACAUUUUGUGUAAGGUGUCCCCUGACAUGACUUGACAUCUUAUUUAAAAAAUAUCAUGACAUGUAUUUAAUGGAGAUGUAUUUUAUGACAUAGUUUUAUUUUUUUACUUAAAAAAUUAUCAGAUGAAAAAAUGUUGGAAAUAAAUAUUACGCACCGUU